AUGGUCCAAAGGAUGUUCUGGCACGUGAAAGGAGUAAUCGAAAACAGCGUCGAGUUCGAGGCGGAUUUUACCGGGCUUUACGACUACUGCUCCCACAGGGAACAAGAUGUUAAAGAAACACAACAGGAGGAAGCACAAGGGACUUACCAGUGUAUGGAAGUUCAUAGUGCCAAUAUGCCCACACAAGAUCUCUGUGAACAGUAUCGAUGGCUCAAGGAUGCCACCUGCAUCCUACGGGUUAGCGGCCAAUUCGGAUACCAGGGGGUCAUUGAGAUCUACCAGAGCGACAACGUUGACACUUCGGUCUGGAACGAUGAAUUCACCAUCAGCCAGGGUGACGAUAGCAUGAAUUUGGACUCCCCAGCCCCGACAUUUCAGACCAGUCCGGUGCAAUUCUUCGAAUUCCCAAUUGACGGGACCCACAUUGGGAAGGCGAUGUUGGAUACGGCGAUCGGAGGGGAACCCCGCGGACAUUAUAUCUAUCUGGAUGUUAGGGCUGAUCCCCGUGAAGACGCUACGGCAGGGAGCAACGGCUCUCAUAGCAGCCCUUCCUACGCUUUCUCUCUCGACUGGUUUCCCCCUUCUUCCGAUGAUGAGGGUGACAACGAUGACGGCACAUCCUCCUCGCAUUACAUCGUCGAUGGGCAGCGCUUCAGCGGGCCCUCUCGCUUCAUGAAUCACUCGUGUAAUCCUAACUGCAAAAUGAUCCCCGUUUCGACCCAUCACAGCGACCAAAAGAUCUACGAUCUCGCAUUCUUCGCACGCCGCGAUAUUCCGCCCGGUGUUGAGUUGACGUUUGACUACAACUCUGGUUGGACGUGA